AUGUACUUUUUUGGAGAUAGAGUUCUAGUUAGUACUAAUAAUCAAGAAUCAAUGUGUACCAAUAGUUUGGAAUGUUCAAAUUUGGUAAGAAUAAAUUGGGAUGAGGUAGAUAUUCUAGUUAACCCAAAAGCUAGUUUAUCAUGUGCCAGAUCAAGUCAUUGUGCAAUUGGUAUUGGAAAUAAGAUAUAUAUUUGGUCAGGAGAGGAUACGUUUCAUGGGGAAUGUUUCCAAGAUUUGUGUUUUUGUGAAAUUAUUAAACCUCCUGCAUCACAUUGUGUUAAAUGGGUUAAAGCAACUACAAAGAGUACAGCGACUACAGAUGGGCGAACACCAACAAAAAAUGAUUUGACAGAAGGUGCUGAAAAUGUACCACUUGAACAGAUUGAAAUAAAAGAAAAUGAGAAAUUGGACUUGGACAUGAAAUCAAAAUGUGAUCCUUUGAAUAACUUGGUACUGUGGAAAUACGUACCUAAUCCUACUGGACUUCUACCCUUUCCAAGACAUGGACAUCGAGCAAUUGCGAUUAAAGACUUGAUAUUUGUCUUCGGUGGCGGCGAUAAACGCCUGUUUAACGAUCUCAUGGUAUACUACAUAGAAAAAAAUAUAUGGCUUUGUCCCAAGAUUACAGGGAAUGUACCCCCAGAAUGUACUGCACAUGGUUUGGUAGUAGAUGGAACUAGGCUGUUAGUGUUUGGAGGAUUGUUAGAAAAUAAUCAAUUUAGUAAUGAUCUGUAUGAAUUGAAGGCACAAAAAUGGGAAUGGACAAAAUUGGCACCAAAGCCUCCAAAAUCCGGGCCUCUUCCUUAUCCACGAUUCGGACACAGUUUUACAUUAGUAAAAUCAAAAGUAUACUUAUUCGGUGGUUUGGCUAAUAUUGAUGUUCCGAAAUUCUUGAAUGAUCUUUACACUUUAAAUAUUCGCAAUAGCCCUUUGGAAUGGGUUAUCCCUCAGACAAAAGGGUCAUCACCUCCUCCUAGAGAAUUUCAUACUGGGGUGGCUUACAUUGACCAAAAAGGUCAUUCAUUCCUAGUUAUUUAUGGCGGAAAGAACAGUUUAAUAUUAGGAGACUUAUGGGUUCUAAAUACAGAAACCAUGUCUUGGAUGGAGCCAAAAACAUCUGGGAUAGCUCCUCUUCCAAGAUAUUUCCACACAUCUACUGUAAUUAGAAACAGAAUGUUUGUUUUUGGAGGUAGAGUUUCAGUUGGUACUUUCGAUCAAGAAUCAGAGUGCACAAAUAAUUUAAUAUGUUUGAAUUUGGAAACAAUGAAUUGGGAAGGUCUAGUCAUUCAAGUUGACCCAAAGGCUAAUCUACCGUGUGCUAGAUCAGGUCAUUGUGCAGUUGGGAUUGAAACUAGGAUCUACAUUUGGUCAGGACAAGACAUGUACCAAAAGGAAUGUCUCCAAGAUUUAUGGUUUGUUGACGUAGAUAAACCUCCAGCACCAACUGGAUUAAGAUGGGUUACAAAUUUCAUAUUUACAUGGAAGAAUCCCUUAUUUGUUGAUUGUAACAUGCUUGAGAUUGAAAAAGUUAGCUUGCCAUCGCCUCCGCCCUAUUCUCCAACGAUGUCACCAGCAUCUUCACUAGGAUCUACACCAGAAUCAUCACGAGUAUCUACACCCGAAUCAACACGAGCAUCUACACCCGAAUCAUCACGAGCAUCUACACUCGAAUCAUCACGAGCAUAUAUACCAGAAUCAUCACAAGCAUAUAGACCAGAAUCAUCACGAGCAUAUAUACCAAAAUCAUCACGAGCGUCAUCAACAUAUAAAGCCGAAUCAGAUACAUCAGAACCUGAAUAUCUGUUUGCACCACAUCCAAACUAUAAGUUUAUUAUGAUGGUAGCGCGCAAUGAGGCUAUAAGAAAAAAACAGAGGAAAAAAUCGAAUUCUAUAAAAGAUAAAGGUAUAUUAUCGAAACUAAAACUUUCCUCAGCAAAAUCAAAAAUAAAGAUAAAAGUUUCUUCCUUAAUUGGGAAACGUCCUAUGCCUAAGAGUAAAGCGGUACUUGACAGUUCAACGCCUAAUGUAAAAUCAAUUAAAAAAGUUAAAACAAAGAAAAAGUGAUAAAUUCAGAAAAAUAACAUGAUCAUGUGUACAUUUUCCCUUGUUCAAAAUCUUUUAAUUCUGUGUAUCGUUUCAUAUUUAUGAUAUAUUGUUUCCAUUUUUGUUAUAUUACAAAAGUUUGUUCAGAGUUAAGGUUCUGCCGACAUAAUUUCCAGAAAUUGUCAUUUAUUUUCAAGGAAUAUUUAUCAUGACAAUUUAUAAUAUAAGUAAAACUAGAAUAUAGUAAAAUCCACUAGUCAAACCUAUUAAGGAUAAUCUCAUUUGCUUAAUAGCAAAAAUACUUAUAGUCAUUAAAACUCCUAUAGACAUAUAUAUUUUAUAUAAGUCCAAAAACAAAUUAUGUCUGGGGUGCAGUACCUCCUGUUUGGUUGAAUUUAGA